AUGGGGGCUGGAAAGAAAGAACACACGGGUCGCCUGGUCAUCGGAGAUCACAAGUCCACAUCACACUUCCGGUCAGGAGCCGAGGAUCGGAAGAUGAACGAUGAGUUGGAACAUCAGUACCAGCAGAGUGUGGACAGCUCCAUGUCCGGACGGAACCGGCGGCACUGCGGUCUGGGCUUCAGUGAGGCCGAGCAGUUCGGAGGAGAAGCCGCCCCUCCCCCACCUGAAGAGGCCCCCGCAGCAGACAGACAUUCAGAUAAAAGUAGCAAAGAACUCCGUAACGACCGCGAGAAAACGCCGAGUGCGUCAGCCAAGACCGCGGACAAAGCGCCCAGCGAUGAGGACGGCUCCUCCGAGCGCAAAUCCAGCAAAUGCAACUACAAAAUGCAGUUUGUGAAGUCAAGCGGCUCCUAA